AUGACGGAGCACAACACGGACAACAAGAUGCUCGGGACUGCUGCUCGAUUGCUGCUUCUUUUGUCAGGUAUGUGUGCAGGUGAGGGCAUCUUACCCCCGGGGCCCCUGAGUGGAGCCGCUGCCGGCACCGUGACGUUCUCCACGACCCUCACCCCUCCAAAGAGCCCCUUCCUCUCCAUCAGCUGGAGCUUCAAAGGGAUGAACAUCAUCACCUCCACCAGCACCAACAUCACGGAGCCGGGCUACAGCAGCAGGAUCUCCCUGGACCGAGCCACCGGGGCCCUGGAGCUGCGGGGCCUGCUGCUGGAGGACAGCGGGGAGUACACCGUGACCAUCAUCCCCGACGCAGGGCUGCAGAGGCAGGGGAAGACCACGCUCAAUGUCUAUGCUCUGAUCUCCGGAGCCUCAAUCACCAGCCCGCCAGGCGUCCUGAUCGAGGACCGCAGCUUCACUAACCUCAGCUGCGAGGCGUCCGGCUCCAUCAGCAGCAGAGAGUGGCUGAAGGACGGUCAGAUGCUGCAGCCGGGGGACAGAGUCAGCUUCUCCAACUCCAAGAGGACGGUGUUCAUUCACCCGGUGCACAGCUCACACCACGGCAGCUUCCAGUGCCGAGUCAGCAACCCCGUCAGCAGCAUGACGGUGGAGCACCAGCUCACCGUCAACUAUGGACCCCAUAACGUAUCAAUAACAGGACCUUCAGCAGCAGCUCCGGGGCAGAAAGUGACCCUUCAGUGUGAAGCAGACUCUGUCCCUCCUGCGACCUUCAGCUGGAUGUUCAACGGCAACGAGACGCAGGUGAACACCUCCACCUUCACCAUCGAGAGGCUGCAGGUGGAGAGCUUAGGGAACUACAGCUGCACCGCCUCCAAUAUGGUGACCAUGCUGCAGAACUCCACCGUCCUGCAUCUCAGAGCAUCCUGCACUGCUCCCUGCUGGUCGUGUUUACUGCUGCUGAUCAGUGAACUGUCUCUGAGAGAGUUACUGUAA